AUGGACACAGAGGCACCACCGACUUCAACGGCGGCACAGCGCGUCUUCGACAUUGGCGAGCUAGUUGAGAUGAUCUUGCUCAAUGUCGCCAGGCGCAAGCGACUACUCAGCCAUCAUAUGGCAGAGGACAUCUGCUGCGUCCUCAUCAGUCAACGAGUCAACACCACAAUGCGCCGGGCGGUGCAGAACUCUAGCAAAUUACAGGCGAUACUCUAG